AUGUUUUCACUUCUUAGAUACUCACACGCAAACCUAUUUAGGACAGCAGCAUCGUUCGAGAUCUCCAAAUACAACAGUUAUUUGAAAAAGGAAGCUAAGAAGGCAGUACCGGAAUCUGCUUCCGUCCAGUCCCCACAAGAUGUUCCUAUCCCAUCCGAGACAGAACAAUCUUCGCAGCCAGAAGAGCUUAACGCUCUCCAGGGCCCAAUUACCCUACAAAUACGGCAGGCCCGAAAAGCCAUUCUAGAGCGAUGUCGAGAGUUUUUCGAUAAUCUGAACCAGACCACCGUACUGAUGCCAGUAGAGUCAGAAGUGGCCUAUGCUGAGCCACCAAAGACACCCGGGGUGAAGUUGCUAGACCUUGUCGGCGACUUGGCGCCCGAUGGUUCCGGUUUUGUCGACUCGGAAUGGGAACUAAUGGUGGAAAAGCCGCAUCUUCGUUUAUGGCGACGGCCAUUGGAGAGGAAACCAGCAUCAGCACUGCAACCUGACGAAGUCGAACAUCUAAGUUUUUUUGAGUACAGAGGUAAGUAA